AUGUCUAUCGCCGCCUCCAACACCAGCAUGAGGGUGCCCGCCGGCUUCCGGAACCUGCUGGAGGGGCUGGCGCGGGAAGUGCUGCGGGAGCAGCCCACCAACGUGGUGGCCUUUGCAGCACAGCACUUCCAAAAGCUGCUGGAGCAGAGGGAGGCUGGUGGCACUGACCCGGUGGCGUGGGGAGCCAGGCUGGAGGACGACCGUCUCACCUGGCCCCCUUCCAAGGACCUGAAAGAGGCCAAGGACAUGGAGGGGGAGCGGGGAGCAGCAGGCGGUGCAGGCAGCAAGCACAGCUCUGGAUCACUGUGAUUCCACCCCAAAAUGCUCGGAGAGGAGCCAAAGGGGAGCAUGUCCCCAUAACCCUAAUGAACUGGGACACCUCUCUGGAGAUGCAACUGCAGCACUUGCCCUGAAUCCCCCAUUUCCCACUGUCCAACCCCAAAACCAAAAAAAAACCCUUGGUUCUCCCCUGGCUCCUGCCCUUUUCCCAUGGGUGGGUGCUGCACUCCCAUCCUGCCCCUGCGGUGCUGUUUUAAUGAGGAAUUUUAUUAACGAGG